CAAACGUCACUGUUCUUUCUCCUUCGCCUGUCGCCGCUCACGGCCACAUCCGCUCAACCCGGCAUUCAUGAUAUCGACCGUGUCGAAAAAUUCCGCUCCCAUUCGCUGAAUCAAGCCAUGCUUAGCGUUCCGAUGAAAGCUUACACGCGACACUUCGCGUCCGCGAUUUCUUCGCGGAUUAUUUCGCGCGCGCACAUCGUCCACUGUCCUCAAACCGCGACGUUCAUUGCGAGACGUCGCUAGAUGCUCGAGCAAUGACCACUUGGCGAACACGGGUGUCGAAUAUGGGUAUUGGAGAUGCGAGAGAGACCAUCGUGUGCUUUGAUCAACAGACGCGACAGCGUUGAGGCGAGGAACGAUGUUUUGGGUGAGCAAGAGGGAUGCCAACGGGGUGAGAAUCGACGCGCGCGGCGCGCCACCUGGCGAGUGGCGAAUGAAGCUCGCGGGACAGGACCGUUCGAAGUAUCACUUCACUACAAAAGGGUUCGUGGACGAAGACAACGACGCGGGCAAACUAUUUUUUACGGAUACCUGGUUGAACGGAAACUCCGAUAACAAAGCGAUUGCGAAUUAUCACUCGAAAUUUCGAACAGAGAACGAUGUAUCACAGAGCAACAAGGAAACAUUCGAUGAUAAAGAAAUGGAAAUUAAUUCUGAAUUAAUUUUAAUUGGACCGCCAAAUUUCGACGCAUCAGACAACUCCGAAAUUGUAGAAAAUAGAAAAAUAUCUCGAGGAAAAUCAUUGAAGUACUACCAACAAAAUCAAGACAAAAACAACAGAACAGGAAAAGAAAAUUCUACCGAUAAUAGUUUAUCGGUGACCACAUCCAGUACUAAAAAUAAGUUUAAUAAUAUUGUUGAGUAUGUUACUUUUGUAGACGUUGACGAAAAUGGAACUACUUCAUCAAAUUCUUUCGAUGAAAAAUCUUUUGAAACGUUGCUUCCAAUAGAGGAGCGGGAGGAACCCCACACUCGAUCCCCCAUUGGAAAAAUGGAAAACCUCGAUAUCGAUAUCGGAAUACCAAUGGAGAAGAGGGUUAACAUAUCCAUGAGAAUGGCAGAGCCUCUACAUAAUCGAGAAUUGUCUGAAGAGUUGGUAAAUUACGCCAAUGAGAAUACUAUCGAGGAGAAAAGAACGCUGAUAGAAGUGAACAAAAACAGCAAUUUGCUUGUCACACCAGGAACAGUACAUAGAGUAGUGUUUGAUGUACUGAAUAGCUGUGUUCUGCCUGUCAGAUACGCGUUCAGGGUAAAGAGCACUCCUUUUAGAGUAUACAACAUUCAACCACCCUACGCAUGGAUUUAUCCUGGACAAAUAAGCAACGUGGCGAUAGAUCUAAUCGUGCCUGAUAACGUAACUCCGGAUACUGCUAAUACAGUCACAUUGUCUAUCUUGGGUACAGAGAUAAAGGAAAAAUCUGUGUAUUUGUAUGUACAAGGAUCACUUUCGAAGUUAACCGAUGAUGUAAAACCAACUAUUGAAUAUUCUUUCAAUAACAAUUGCGCUGGAAAAUUGGACAAGGAUCGAUGUUACAAAUCUCGUUGGAGCGUGGAUAUUACAGUUCAGGACUAUGAUUCAGGUUUAAAACGUAUAAUAUCAUCUGUAAACAAUGUUUACCCACAUACAGAAUUUAUUAGUGGCACAAGGAGUCCGGUGACAUUUUAUUAUUCUGCUACAUGUUGUGAUAAAGCAGUUAAAAUUACAGCAGUAGACUUACUAGAUAAUUACAAUACCAUAACAAUAGAUGUCUCAGCCUGGAAUAACUUAUCAGAAGCAGAGAUUGCAGCAAUUACAGUGGGAGCAUUGUUAGCUUUCUUGUUCAUUGUUUUGGUUAUAAUAUUAAUCAUAUAUUGUAUUCGAAGAAGAAAAAGUCAUGAUUUGCCUUAUACACAACGAUAUGGAUCUAGACCACCUACGCAAUCAGAAAGAACGAAUUUCUAA